GCCGCGCGUCCAAAGUCGCGUCCCCCACUUCGCUCGCUCGCUCUCUCUCACCCCCUUCUCUCUCAUCCCCUUCGCUCUCAUCCCCUUCACUCUCUCAUCCACCCUUCGCUCCCUCGUCCCCCCCGUCUCUCUCCUCUGUCUCCAGGCAGCAGCAGCAGCAGCCUUCACUCCGGCUCGGAGCGAACCACGCGGCCGCGCGCUCGUCCGCGAGAAGCCUCGAGAGGGUGGAGGGGGUCGACGCGGCUCCUCGCUCGCUCGCCCGCCGACUCACGAACUUCGGGCUCCCCUAGGCCGGGCCGACGCGCCCCCCGCGGUCUCCUCCGCGGCCUCCUAGGGUCGCCAUUGCCGGCACGAGCGGAUCCGACCGGGCCCCCGGCGUGGCGCGGGGAGACCCCGAGCUCCCGCUGCCAGCGACGUGAAGAGCCCCCCACCACCACCCCGCCGGUAAGGCCCCGCGUCCCCACGGGACCCGUGGCCGCCUCUUCCUCCUCGCCUGCCGCUGCCGCCGCCGCCGCCGCGUGGCCACGGCGCGACCUGCGGCCGCGGUUGCGGAGGGAGCGCGGCGCGCAUGGCCGCGAUGCGCUGGUGGCUGUGCGUGGCCCUCCUCCUCCUCUGCUGCUGCUGCCGCUUCUGCCGCGGGGCCUCGGGGCUGCGGGAGGAAGGGGAGGCCGCGGGCAGGCGUCCGUGCUGGGAGGCCGAGAUCCGCUGCCUGCAGGAGGCCGAGUGUAAGCGCGCCUACAGCCAGUACCUGCGCGCCUGCGAGGGCGUGCUGCGGUCCGCGCCCUGGCGCGACCCCGCGGAGGGCGCCGAGCAGGAGGAGCAGGAGGAGGAGGAGGACGAUGCGCCUGGGACGCAGUGCCCGAGCCACUGCAUCCACGCGCUCAUUCGCCUCAACCAGACGCGCAGCGGGCCCCAGCUGGAGAGCUGCGACUGCCGCGAGGACGCGCUCUGCCUGGGCUACAAGCGGAUCAUCGAGCCGUGCAUGCCGCGCACCUACUCGGCGAGGCGCGCCGCGGAUGGAGGCGAGGGCGGUGAGGAGGAGGAGGAGGGCGGCCCCAUGGGCUGCACCGAAGCCCGGCAGCGCUGCCAGGAGGAGCCCGAGUGCGGCGGGGCGAUGGAGCAGUACCUCAUGAGCUGCGGCAAACUCUUCAACGGGGCGCGAUGCACGGCGGGCUGCCGCGACAUCAUCGGCCGCAUGCUGGCCGUGCCCAGGGCCCUGGCCCUCAGCGAGUGCGUGUGCGACGGCGUGGAGCGGCCCUUCUGCGAGGUGGUCAAGGACAACAUGGCCAGGCUGUGCUUCGGCGGCGCGGCCGAGUCGGGCAGCGGCGCCUCGACGGACGAUUUCUACGACGACGAGGAACUUCACGGCGACGAGGGGCCCGGCCCGCCGGUCCCCGGGCCGCACGGGCCACGGGCCGCGCUCGGCUCCCGGGGGGCCCGGGUGCGGAGCUCCUACGGGGCCCAGCUCGGCGCACUCGCGUGGGUCGCGUGGCACGCGGCCCGCGCUGCGUGACGGAGUCGUCCACCAGCCACACUCCCUCCUCUAUCCACACUCCUCUAUACACACUGCCUCAUCCACACUCCCUCAUCCACACUCGGACCUCCAACCACUCAUCCACACUCCCUCCACACUGCCUCAUCCACACUCCCUCAUCCACACUCCCUCAUCCACACUCCCUCAUCCACACUCCCUCAUCCACACUUCUUCCUCCACACUCCCUCAUCUACACUCGGUCCUCCAGCCACUCAUCCACACUCCCUCCUCCACACUCCCUCUAUCCACACUCCCUACUCCAGCCGCGCUGUCCCCGCUCAUCACCAGGCAGACACGCCGCACAGACGCUUGUCCGUGUUCACCGCCGUGGGAAUGUAACACAUCGCCCGCGUGGCCACUUCAAAGGAGAGACGUUUAUCGCGUGCCUGCACAAGUGUCACGUGCGGGAACGAAGCGGCAGCAUCAUCACCGCCAUCUCGCUCGACUGGGAUUCCGAGGACUUCUCACGUACCGCUGAUGAUGCUGCCGGUACCGCUGAUGUUGCUGCUGCCACUGCUGGACUCGAUGGGAUUCGAGCAACGGCGGGGGCACGAGUCGCCCUGACACUGAGUAAACUCCGCGUCGACACAGCGGCGGCGACUUGCGAUGAUCCACCUCUCCGGGACCAUCACCUGGUUGGUUUACCAGGUGAUGGUCCUCGACUCUGGUCUCCCCACGUGGAUGCUGCGCCGCUGCUCAUAAGCGCCAUCACGAGUCGCAGCGAACAGAGCUUGCUCCGAGGCUGUGCGCUUGACUGUGGCUGCGACGGCCGUCACACGAACUCACCCCGGGGGUUCUCCACUGGGCGAGUCGGCUGUUUCCAAACACGAGAACGAAAUCUGGCAAAUGAUGAGUAGCGACGGGGGGGGGGUCACGCUUAUAUUUAUUUUGUCACCAUCGCCAUAUCGAGUCGAAGCCAACCAAUUGUACAGACGCGACGGAUGGAUCGUCGUGUGCGCUCUUCUGUAUAAUAUGUGCAUAUGUAUAUACAAGUAUAUCUAUUUUAAGCCAAGUCAAAAUAAUGUUUUUACGACCUCGAAAUCACGGUGUGUGGCGUUUCUUUUUUACUGUAUUAGUACUGUGGCCAGUAAAUGAGUUUGAGUUUCUCCCCGUAAGAAAAUCGCAUCGAAUCUAUUGGGAGGCGAUGGUGGUGGUGGUGAUGAUGGGUGGUGAAGGAGGAAAAUUCAAUCUCUGGGAGUCCCGAGUUCUGUGCGAGGGAGAUUCUCGCCUCCGGCGUGAGAGCAGUCAAGCGGCACCAACUCCCUGAACACAGAGCACACACAA